AGGUGGACUUACAAUUAUGGCUGUCCAGAGAGCGAUUUGUGUGUUUGCUGUGCUGAUUCUCCUGAUACCAGAGUCGGUGUCACAGCUAUCUGUUUGCGGUCGGCCAACACUCAACACCAAGAUAGUUGGAGGACAGGUGGCCCGUGAAGGCAGCUGGCCCUGGAUGGCCGAUCUGCACGAAAAUGGAAGUCACUUCUGUGGAGGAUCCCUCAUUAACAAUCAAUGGGUGCUGAGCGCUGCUCACUGCUUCUCAAGUUCCUCUACAAGCAACCUGGUUGUGUAUCUGGGUCGUCAGAGACAAGAGGGAUCCAACCCCAACGAGGUGUCUCAGACGGUAACACAGAUUAUCAAUCAUCCCAGCUACAACAGCGUCACUAAUGACAACGACAUCACCCUACUGCAACUCUCCUCACCGGUUACUUUCACCAACUACAUUUCACCUGUCUGCCUGGCAGCCACAAACAGCACCUUCUUCGCCGGAGUUAACAGCUGGGUCACUGGGUGGGGCAAUAUUGGAAGUGGAGUUCCCCUUCCUUCCCCACAAAACCUCAUGGAGGUGAACGUCCCAAUUGUGGGAAACAGACAGUGUAACUGCGACUAUGGAGUGGGCUCCAUCACUGACAACAUGCUGUGUGCUGGGUUACGUGAAGGAGGGAAGGACUCCUGCCAGGGAGAUUCUGGAGGUCCACUUGUGAUCAAGCAGAACGAUCGCUGGAUUCAGGCAGGAGUCGUGAGUUUUGGAAAAGGUUGUGCUGAGCCUAACUUCCCAGGAGUCUACACCAGAGUGUCCCAGUACAACUCAUGGAUUAACAGUCAAAUCAGCAGCAACCAGCCGGGCUUCAUCUCCUUCAGAUCCACUGGGACAAACAGUGACCUCAGUGUCACCUGUACAGGCCUGCCAGCCAUUACAACCACCACCACUACAACCACCACCACCCUCCCUCCAACCACUACAACCACCACCACUACAACCACCACACUCCCUCCAACAACUACGAUCACCCUCACUACUAUAACCACCACUGUCCCUUCAACCACUAAAAACUCCACCACCCUCCCUCCAACCACUAAAACCACCACCACUGUCCCUCCAACCACUACAACCACCACCACCCUCCGUCCAACCACUACAACCACCACCACCCUCCGUCCAACCACUACAACCACCACCGUCCCUCCAACCACCACACCAAGACCGGUGGUCUGUGGAGAAGCCCCCUUGAAUUCUCGUAUUGUUGGCGGAAGCUCGGUGGCAACAGAUGGCGUGUGGCCAUGGAUGGCUAGUUUACAGAAGAAUGGGAGACAUGUGUGUGGUGGGACUCUGGUGGGUGUGGACUCUGUGCUAAGCAACAGCAAUUGUUUUUCAAGUUCCCCUGUAGCGUCUGAGUGGACUGUUGUGUUGGGCCGUUUGAAGCAGAAUGGCGCCAACCGGUUUGAGGAGACAGUGAAUGUGAUAAAUGUCACUCUGAGCAACCUGACUGCGUCCAAUGUUGCCGUGCUGCAUCUAUCAACCAAACCCACUCUGUCCAACUACAUCCAACCCAUCUGCCUGGACAACAGACGGACCUUCGCUGGGGGCGUGACAUGCUGGGCUGCUGGAUGGAGCUCCGGACGAGGAGGGGAAGAACAAGUCCUGCAGGAGUUCCAGACCUCAGUGGUUGACUGUGGCAAUGCUUCAACGAGUGACAGUGAUAUUUGUGUGGGAGCUUUCACGCUGGAGCAGGGUGACUCUGGGGGUCCGUUGAUGUGUAAGCAAGACGGUUCUUGGUUCCAGGCGGUCGUCUUAUCAGUUGAAAAUAACUCCACCAGUCGAACACGAGCAGACCCACCAAUGGUCUUCACAAGACUGAGUCGCUUUGAGUCCUUCCUGACUCAGACUCUGGGGACGUUCUUGUCUCCAAACUCAGGCAGAAACAACACAAACGUCACUACCUCAGCCCCCACUGACUCCAAUGCCGUCACUACCAGUGGGGGCACACCCAAUCGAUCCAUUUUCUUCUUGUUCUUCCAUGUCCUCUUCCUCUUUUCUUGUCUCCAACUCUUCUUAUAGAAAUGUCUUUAAAUGAUUUACACAAUGUGGUGAGCACAAAUGAAUGUGAGCAAACUUGAAGAAGCAUUGUUACUUAAAACUCUAGCUGUGAUUGGUUGACUUGACUGUCCCUCUAUCUGUUGACUACUAGCAGCAGAGCUGUGAAAAGUAAGAGCCAAAGGGUAGCUGUGUGGUUCUUUUUCAGUUGACUCAACAGAUACCUGUUAAAGCUCAGUCUGUGCUGAGGAAGAGUGAUUCCUUGCUGUUUUUUAGUGUGAAGGACAGUAGGCUUAACCAUGAGCCCCUUUGGCUUUUGCUCUGCUGUUUGACAAAAAUGUCAAAUUUUCGCACUGUUAAAUGUUCUGUACUUACUGUAAACACAAUAUUAUGUUGUUGUACUAGAAUAUUGCUUAUCAUUGGCUUCUAUCUUGGAUUGUACAAGAUUUCAUGGUGUAGGGUUGCCAUUCAUAUUUCUUCUUUCUUAGUUUAAUGUACGUUAAUGGUUACAACAGUAAACUAAACAAAGGCCAACCUAUAAAUUAUUCACUUUUAAUCUAUAUUAGUCGCAGCUGAUUUUGCAUCAGCAAACAGACUCAAGAAAGAAGGGAAUAUAUAUGCACCUAACAUGUUGAUUAAACGCCUUCAAUAGUUUCAACAAAA